CCUCUAAGAGCCCGCCAAUCAAAACAUUAGUUGCAAAGGAUAUAGCGCUCGGCACAGUGGAUACAAGGAUCGCCUAGUCGCUCGCUCGUCAUAUUAGUGCGUUAUUUUCGUUGACUGUACGCACUGUCUGCUCUUUAAACAACUUGGCAGGUUGGAGUCCAUUUUGUCAUCAGCUCGCCAUGGCAUUACCAGGCGCCCCCACCACUAACAAGCAGGUGUUGGAUAAGUAUCUCCAGCUUGAACAACCUGACGAUGGCAUCAUGGCCGAGUAUGUAUGGAUUGACGGCACAGGGGAGGGCAUUCGCAGCAAGUGCAAAACUCUGAAUGCAGAGCCCAAGUCACCCAAAGACUGUCCAGUUUGGAACUUUGAUGGAUCCAGUACAUACCAGGCAGAGGGAUCAAACUCAGACAUGUACCUUUACCCAGUCGCACUUUUCCGAGACCCAUUCCGUCGUGGAAAGAACAAGCUGGUUUUAUGUGAAGUCUACAAGUAUAACAAAAAGCCUGCAGAAACCAACAGAAGAAAAACAUGUGCUGAAGCAAUGGAAAAGGCAAAGGAUACUCACCCAUGGUUUGGAAUUGAACAGGAAUACACGCUUUUGGACUAUGAUGGACAUCCCUUUGGAUGGCCCAAGAAUGGGUUUCCAGGGCCUCAAGGUCCUUACUAUUGCGGUGUUGGUGCCAACAAGGUCUAUGGACGUGAUGUAGUUGAAGCACACUACAGAGCCUGCCUUUAUUCAGGCAUCAAAAUUGCUGGUUGCAAUGCAGAAGUCAUGCCAGCUCAGUGGGAGUUCCAAGUUGGGCCCUGUGAAGGUAUCGAAAUGGGUGACCACUUGUGGGUGGCUCGUUACAUCUUGCACCGAGUUGCUGAAGAGUUUGGUGUGGUUGUGACCCUUGAUCCCAAACCCAUGGAGGGUGACUGGAAUGGUGCUGGUGCCCACUGCAAUUACAGCACCCAGGCCAUGAGAGGACCUGGGGGUGUUGCUGAGAUAGAGAAGGCUAUAGAAAAGUUGUCCAAACACCAUGUUCGUCACAUUAAGGCGUAUGACCCUCGAGAGGGGAAGGAUAAUGAGCGCCGUUUGACAGGCUUCCAUGAAACAUCCUCCAUUCAUGAUUUUUCUGCUGGAGUUGCCAAUCGUGGAGCCAGCAUUCGCAUCCCCCGCCAAGUAUCCGAAGAUGGUUGUGGAUAUUUGGAAGACCGACGUCCUGCAUCAAAUUGUGAUCCAUACUCUGUCACUGAGGUUCUUAUUCGCACCACUGUUUUGAAUGAAUAACUGAUCUGAGAUACUUUAAGAGGCAGAAUCUAUGGAGUGGGAGUGCAGAACAUGCCAUAGGGUAAAGAUGGUCAAUAUUUAGUUGCGUAGGCCCUGGUUAGGAUUAUGGUUUGCGGUAAUAACAGUGACUUGGAUAAAGAAAGUCUAAGUCUGAUGCCCUGCAUUUCAACUUCAUGCCUACUAAUGUGAGGAGUUCAAAAGGAUCAUACCUCAGACACCCAGUACGCAAGCUUGAUGUUUAAUCUUUUGUCGUCAGAAGGGUAACAGUAUUUUCAUACCGCUACAUAUUGUGCCAUCUUUUAUUUUCACCCGUUAUGAUUUUGCUUCUCAGGUUUGGGUUUUAUGGGGGUUUUUUUUAGGUUGGGGGAGGAACUGCUGGACAGAAUCUCAUUUUAAUUGUGAGUACAUUUAAACAGUUUCAAUUUGUUACAGUGUUGGGAAUGUGAAUAUGGUGUGUUUGGACUUUACCUGAAAAAGAAAAAGGGUCAGUCAAAAGGGAAUAGUUGCCAUUAGGGCUUGUUUUCGUUUGUUUCUAUAUCGCAAGAAAAAAAAAGAGACAUUUUGGUUAAUAAAAAUGGGUAUGAAGCAGUAGACACUUCAAAUGGAAUCAGUCUGGGUUACAGAUUUUUGUUGGGAAAUGGGUUUUCAAAGUUUGUGUGUGCAUAUUUUACUCAUGUGAACAUGUCUUUAUUUUACAAAAUGUUUUCUUUACUUAUCUUUAGGUGCAUUGUGUAUAUAUAUGUAUAUUUUUUUCUGUGACAGUGUAUAAGGUGUAAUUUGAGCAAAUUUUGAGAUGAGGCAAUAGAAUGCAGGAAGUAAACUCAAUGGUUUAUAAUUGUGAUAAUUUUGUGAUUCAAGUUGUAGAUCUUUUCGACUUGAAAGAUUACACCAAGUACUUUAGCUAGCAAGCUGUGUAUUUAGGAUGGAGCUUUUAAUGAUUUUUCUAAGAUGUAAGCAUUUCCCUACUCCUCCUUUGGAACAAUAUUAUUGGCAGCUUAACACAGCAUUUAAUGAGAUGUUUGAGUAAGUGCAUUUGUAAUAUAUAAGCUAUCAUGCUGAAAGAUUAAAUGAUGGUAUAUAAAAGAUAUAUAAAUAUAUUUAGAUUAUAGUAGAAUUAAGCUGCCAGAUUGUUUUUCACUGGUACUUUCAGCAGACUGUGUACUUGAAAAAGUAUUGAAUACAUUGUCACUGCCAAGGCUUCAAUGUGUUUUGUUCCUCCUCCGUGUAUGAUUGUCAGAGGAAUGUCAGCCAAAGGAAAUAACAAAUCUUUAUUUAUGAAGGUAACAGAAUAAGCAAAUGUCCCUUUUUUUUACAUCUAGCCUUCAAUGUAAGAAGAAGAUAUAUAAAAACUACGUUAAUUCAAAACAAGGCAAUAAAAUCACAGAAAUAAUAUGUA